AUUUGCUCUUGAAACUCAGAGACCACAAGAUGGCUUUCUCUUGUCCAACUAAGACGUAAGCUCUCUCUCUCUCUCUCUCACACACACACACACACACACACACACAGACACACACACAAACACACACACAAUCCAGUUCUGAAAUAUCUCCCCUAAUAGUUAGUUCUAAACUAUUUUGAUUGAACUGUUGUCUUUUUUUUAACCAGAAUGGCUCAGACCUCCUUGAAAAUUAGUCUGCAAGGUUUGGAAUGCCACUUCACCUGGAAGUUGGACUACAGCAGAUCUAAACUUCAAAGCCUCAGAGAAACCAUGAUAGAUAUCAGCAGCAGAGAGGGGGUUCAAUGUUCCUGGGCAGGUCAUCUGUACAACCUCCUGGCUUACCUACAACAUGCUCUGGGCUCCACAAAGGACGCUCUUCAAUGCCUGAAGAAGGCUGAAGAGGCCAUUCGCCAAUGCAGUCCAGACGACGUGGAGCUGAGUCUGGUGGUCCACUAUGGGAACCUGGCCUGGGUGCACUAUCACCAAGGGGAGCUGACAGAGAGCCAGACCUAUGUGGAGAAGGUGGGCAGACUACUGCGGGACAACCCCUGCCCAGGUGUAGUGUGGGGUGAAAAGGCCUGGACUUUGAAUAAGUUCGAUGUAAGCAAGAGGAAGGAAGCGCUAGAUUACUUCCAGAUGGCCUUAAAUGGGGACCCUGAGAACAAGGUGCUGCGCUGCGGUUACGCCAUGGCAUUUAAUAAAUCUGUUGAUAGGACAAACAUUACCGCGAAGCUGCGAUCUGAGAUGUUGGAGCAGCUACGGAUUGCUAGAGAAUUGGAUCCAGAACAUUUGACCAUCACAAUGAUGUACCUGCAGAGGCUUGCAGAGAGUGGCCAGGUUGAGGAAGCACUUAAACUUGCAGAGGAAGUGACAGAGAAGCCUUUGGACAGCUUUGGUGGAUUUGGAAUCUUACUAUCAUUUUUCAGAGAUCACGUCUCUCAUGAUUCAAGCAUUGACCUGGCAAGAAGGACCCUGGAGAGACACCCUGAUUCACGCCAGCUGAAGAGGCAUCUUGGGAAGUGUUACAAAUGGAAGAUUUUCUCUCCAGAAGAGAAAAGGAACCCAAUGAGGCAUAUUCUGAUUGAAAAUGCAGUCAACCUUUAUGAAGAGUUGGUUGCACUCUACCCAAAAUCCCUUGCCGCUAAACUGGAACUGUCUGCCAUGUCCAGAGAAUCUGGCAGCGUUGAUAGAGCAGAUAAGAUAUUUGAGGACCUGCUUCUUGAUAGAGAAGGAAUGGAACCACAGGAUUUACAAACAUUCUACAACUGGUAUGCCCAACAUCUGUUUCAUGCAAAAAAAAAUGCUUCCAGGUCAAUUGAUUUCCACAAGAAGGCAGCAGAGAUUAUGCUACCCACUGACCAACGUGACAGCAGUAUUCGUGUUUUGUUGUCCAUUGUCCGUAAUAGAGGACACAGAGCUGAGGAAAUUGUGAACUUCCUGGAUGGCCUUGAUAGAGAAGGUGCUGUGGGCCAGUUCUAGCCAGAACUACCUGCCGAAUCGUUCAAAUUUACAUCGCCUGUUUAUGAUUGAAUAAUGUGGAAAAUAUAUUCACUAUACCACUAGUACAAAUGUUGGUAAAUCUAGGACAAAUCUUGAUUUAUGAGAAAAUUAAUACCUUAGUAUUCAAAAUGUCUGCGCUCAAUUUUGUUACUGGGAUUGCUGAGAGACGCAUGAUCAUCAAUACUAACACUUGAAAGUAAAUUCAAGGCUGAUAGUAAAGUCUUAUAUAUAUAUGCAGGCCUAACAUGACAAACAUCUGUCUGGAAUCCAAUUUUUCAAUUGUGUCUGUAAAGGUUAACUGUGGACUA